CAGGACGUGACGUCAAAUCCUUGCAAAAAAACCCAGAAGAUUCGUGUUGUUUCCGGACGCUUCGUUGCUUGUCACAUCAGCUCGGUACAGCGUCCCACAGGCUGAGGUUAGUCGACCAAAAACAGAGCAGCUGCCUCUGGCAGUUAAAACACAAGCCAUUGUAGUUUGUGGCCAUGGAUGAUGACUAUUACCUGGUUCUAGGAGUGCAGAAAAAUGCAUCUCCAGAUGACAUCAAAAAAGCUUACAGGAAACUAGCUCUGAGGUGGCACCCAGAUAAGAACCCAGAUAAUAAGGAGGAGGCAGAGAAGAAGUUUAAGGAGCUUUCAGAGGCGUAUGAAGUCCUGUCUGAUGCAAACAAGAGGAACUUAUACGAUCGGUAUGGAAAAGAAGGCUUAACACCAGGUGGAGGAGGAGGAAGAGGGCACUAUAAUGGCGACCACUUUGGAUUCACAUUCCGCAAUCCAGAGGAUGUCUUCAGGGAAUUCUUUGGUGGACAAGAUCCAUUUGCAGACUUCUUUGGUGGAGAUCCAUUUGGCAAUGACUUCUUUGGUGCCAGUCGGCGGCACCACCACCACCACCACCAGCACCAGCGGGGCAUGAGCAGGAGCCGGACAGGAGGGUCCUUCUUUGGGGGCUUUGGAGGAUUCCCACCUUUUGGGGCAGGGUUUUCAUCUUUUGAUGCAGGUUUCACGCCUUUUGGGCAUAUGGCAGUCGGAGGUGGUUUUACUUCCUUCUCUUCAACUUCAUUUGGUGGAGGCGGGGGCGGAGGUGGAGGUGGAGGCGGAGGCGGAGGCAUGGGCAGCUUCCGCUCUGUGUCAACCUCCACUAAAUUCAUCAAUGGGAGGAAAAUCACUACAAAAAGAAUUGUCGAGAAUGGACAGGAACGGGUAGAAGUGGAAGAAGAUGGACAGUUAAAAUCUCUAACCAUAAAUGGUAAGGAACAGCUCCUGCGAUUGGAACACAAGUAAGAUAAUGGAGCCCUUUCAGCACAAACUUGAGCUCAAACAAUGUUAGUACUGUCGUUCAGAUGUCUGUACAUUGCGUUUUUUUGCUUGUUGUUUUUUUCCUCCUUUUAUCAUUUUUAGACUGUUAUUUCUGAACAAUUUUUUUGGUUUAUAUAUUUAUAAAUGGGUUAUAUUUCAGUAUUUUGAGCAGGAUGCGUGUCAUUUUAAUUUUACUUGGGACCAUAAUGUGAGAUUAGUUUUUGUUUCCGCUAGCACUUUGUGUUGCAGUGUCCUCAUGAUUGCACAUUGCCUUUUGAAUAGUGCUUUGGGCUAAAAGGAAAAGAGAAUUGUGCUUUGUGCAUGACUUGACCAACUGAGUGUGGAUUUGGAGUAUGUAACUUACUGUUCAAACCUUAUGGCAACUUGUCUAAUUCGUUUGUUAAACAUUUGUAAAUGCUGGUAGAGUGCUAGAUCCAUUGUACUGAUAUGCAAUUUUUAUUAUUUUUAAUUAAUGAAAAUGUUUUUUUUUCCCUCAUUGUUGCAUGUAAGAACAAAUGUUGUUUAUAGUUGUAAUGUUAUUACUUAAUAACCUGAUGAGUACCGGAGUUAAUAAUACAACUGAUUUAUGACCAUUCAAGGAACUUUGUGUACUUUGUAAAAUAAUUUGAACCUAAAUAAAUGAGUUUCAUCCUUUUUGGGGAUGUGGCA